CUGAGAGAGAGAGAGAGAGAGAGACACAGGUUUCGGUGCGGUUUCGCGCGUGUGUGUGUGUACCUCUUAUUGUGCCACCCCGGGAAAUCGUCGAUCUCCGUUUCCGCGGUUCCGCGCGGUCGUCGUUCGCGAAAUUUGCCGCGGAGCCGCGAGAAUCGCGGUCGAUCCGCGAACAAUUUUCCGUGUCUCUGGUGUCAUCGAACCGCGCGACCACGUGCACAGGCGUCACAAUACAAAUAAAUAGUAAGCGCGCUGGCCGGCGGCCAACGCGCGCCAUUGUCGUUGCUGAAAUUGGAAAUAUAUACGGCAAUCGAGCCGGAUAAUCGAGCCGGGAAUUAUCGAAUCAUCUUUCCCCAUACGGCAUUACGGAAUUUGACCGGUGUCGCGUCCCGUGAUAGAUAAUGCACUAUCGCGAAGGACGCACGAUUCCGAAUCCACGAAUCAUUCGAGCCUAAUUCGGCCGGAUAGCUUAUCGGUCGCGCUCUCGCGUUUGGAACAGAGGAUUCGGCGGGAUGAAAACGAGCGAUCGCAUAAAUGAUUCGGUUUCACUUUUUCCGCGGAAAAGAAUGACGCGAUCGUCGGCUCCCUGAACAAGUGGACACUGCGCGAUUUCAACGUCGGCCGUUCGUCGUUUUCGACGAUCGAGUUCGUUCGUCGACCGCGUUACGACACUACCUGUGUGACUGUUUUCGAGUUCUGACCGCUGUCUAUAGGCUGUCUAACGGCGUGACGACAUCUGGGUUGUCUCGAUUUUUUCAGACGAGUCUCGCGCCCACUUUGCGACCGCCGCGGUCGAUGAUCUCUUCGCUUUUGUCUUCGCGCGGUUUCAGCUGCCGCAAUCUGGUCCGAUACCGUUCGAAAGCGCCGUCCUUGCAGCGUACUCUAAGAAAGAGUGUCGCAAUUAAAACGUCGAUGCGAUCGUCGAAACGUUGCGAAUCGCGGAACUCGUCGGGAGAUUGGUGACAGUUUGGAGCUGAAUUUGCAUGCUGUCGUCGAUCGGCGCGGAUCUGUUCGGUCGAUCAUGUGGGCCCCGGUGAUCUCUCUGUUGUGGGCUCUGGCGUAUUUGGUGCAACGUAAAGCUGCUGUAAAAAGUGUAGCGUAUCCGCCGUCGGUGGACGCAACAGAAGCUCACCGAGCUCUGGAGCUCCUGGAAGAUUACCAUGCCAAGCUUACGAGGCCCCAGGAUAAACAAUUGCGAUUGGCCAUCGAGCGUGUCAUCCGGAUCUUCAAAAGCAGGCUCUUCCAGGCGCUAUUAG